GACCUCGGUAGUCUAGUCUCAACGUCUCUAACUCUUGGUGGAAAAGUCUAUAAUUCUAUAGUAAAAAAAUGUGCGUGCACGGCGCAGCAACAACAAAAAUCGAUAACGGAGUCGUUCUGGAAUUCUGGACACUCGUACAGUUUCGUAGACGUAUAAAUUAGAGUUUUAUACGUUUUAUACAGUUUUUUUUACGUAUAAUAUCGUAUAAUACAGUAUAAUACAGUAUAAUGUAAAAAACCCUAGAAAAUCCUUCGAAAACCCAACCCUGCGUUUGACCGAAGACAGAUGUGAUUUUAUCUUUAAGUACUGUAAUAUUACUGUAUCCGUCUGUAAAUUCCGUCAUGAACGUAACUGAGAAACAGAAACAAAUAUUAAUAAAUUUUAUGCGGGCUAAUCCUGAUUUCGGGAGAGGGCAAUUAAGAUAUAACCGUGAAAAUAAAAAACAAAUUGAGAAAUUAUGGGAGAAAGUAACGUCUGCCUUAAAUUCUGCAGGCUGUGGUCCGCAAAAGCAAUCAAAGGAAUGGGCAAAGACAUGGCGUGAUUGGAAGUCCAACUUACUAAGAAGAGUAGCCACAUACAAAAGUUAUGCAGCAAGAACUGGAGGAGGACAACCAAUAAUUUUGAAUACAAGCCCAGCUGAAGAUGACUUACUUGAAUUUUUAACAUCCGAGGCCAGUGGAAUGUCUAAUAUUCCCGAAGGAGGUGCUAUUAGCGAUGUAUCUAUUACUGAUCUGACCAUUGAAAGAGUUUUGACACCGCAGAAAUGGCAGAAUCCUUCUACUUCGUAUCUACCGAUUUGUACUGAUUUGACUGCUGAAAGAGUUUCGUCGCAAAAACUGGAAAAUCCUUCUACUUUGCAAAUCACGAAUUUUUCGAUCUCUCCAAAUUUGCAUACUGAGAAGAGUAUCAGACAGGCGACUUCGUGCUUCCAAGGACUUGAAGAACAUUCCUUCCACAGCAACGUAACAAACAAUGAUACAGAGAAUUUUCCAAUAAGUAUAUCCUCUAAUGUACUUCGUUCAAUAGAAAAUGAACAAGAACAGAUUCCAAAACAAGUACAUUGCAUCAAGUCUGGUUCAAUCUCAAUCAAAAGUAUCAAGAGACAUUCUGAUGAUGCAGAUACCUCUAACAAAAAAAUAAAGAAGCAAAACGUAGAACAUACCACAGACUACUGCAAUCUUCAGGAACAAAUAUUGCAAUUAAAACAGGAAAAGUUAGCCAUACUAAAAGAAAGGUUGCAAUUGAAAAAAAAAGAUCACGAAGAUUAUAUCAGGUUUUUUAAAUCAUUUCUUGAAAAGAUGGAUGAACUAAUGAACAUUGUUCGAUCAAUCGGUCCGCAAUAUUUGGAAGACUGAAGAGAAAGAGUUGUCUUUUUAUUAUAAACAUUAUUUACAUAAGUUCGCAAUAUUUAGAAGACUGAAAAGGAAGUUAUUU